UUGCGUUUUUUCUUGUUUUGUUUUGGUUCGCUUUUGGUAAAGUCGAUACCACUUGUCUGCUCUGGUCGCUUUUAAUACCCACUUCCAUAUUUUCUAAAUUUGUUCUGAGAUUCAUUUUCUCCUUUUAAGAUUGGUUCAAGCUCUACCUCUGUUAAUUUGUUACUAUGUAUCAGUGACCCCAUCUUUCAUCAAUUUGUUUCCUUUUUUUUUAAAAUCCAGUUGGGUUGAUGUUGCUCCGCUUGUGGAUCAUACUGGUCAGACUUGCUUAAUGAUUAGAGUCUGUAAAGCUGUGUUCUUUCUUUGUGGGCUUAUUAUUCGUUGAAGAAUCUUGAGUUCUGGUUCCUUAUUAGCUACCAUGGCAGGCAAACGAGACAAUUUUGUGAGGGUGGAUGAUUUGGACUCUAGGUUACCAUCAUCAUCUGUAGCCUUCCAACAGAACUAUGUUUCCAAUUUCAGUGGACAGCUUCACCCUAUCCAUGGAAGCAAUGACACAUCAAGAUCCUUCAAGAAAGGGAUCCAAAAGGGUUCCAAAGGGCUUAAGUCAAUCGGCCGUUCACUUGGUUUCGGUGUUUAUCGAGCAGUGUUCCCAGAAGACCUUAAAGUAUCUGAAAAGAAGAUAUUUGAUCCUCAGGAUAAAAUCCUUUUGUACUGCAACAAAUUAUUUGUUGCGUCAUGUAUUCUUUCAGUGUUCGUGGAUCCUUUUUUCUUCUAUCUCCCUGUGAUUGAUGGUGAGUCCAUGUGCCUGGGUAUUGAUAGAAAACUGGCUAUCACAGCUAGUACAUUGCGGACUUUGAUCGAUGUGUUUUAUCUCGCUCACAUGGCUCUCCAGCUCAGGACUGCUUAUAUUGCACCCUCAUCACGGGUCUUUGGUCGAGGUGAACUUGUGAUUGAUCCUGCACAAAUAGCAAAGAGAUAUUUACAACGUUGGUUUAUUAUUGACUUCCUCUCAGUACUUCCUGCCCCUCAGAUUGUAGUUUGGAGGUUCUUGCAAAGUUCAAAUGGGUCGGAUGUAUUGGCUACAAAGCAGGCCUUGCUUUUCAUUGUUUUGGUUCAGUAUAUACCGCGUUUCCUACGUGUCUUACCCUUGACAUCAGAAUUGAAAAGGACUGCAGGUGUCUUUGCCGAAACUGCUUGGGCUGGUGCCGCUUAUUAUCUGCUUUUAUAUAUGCUUGCAAGUCAUAUAGUUGGAGCAUUUUGGUACCUUUUAGCCUUAGAACGUAACGACACCUGCUGGCAGGAGGCCUGUAAUGAUGCAGAGAAUUGCAGCACCGAUUUCUUGUACAGUGGCAAUCAAAACAUGGACGGCUAUGCUGUUUGGAACAAAACUAAGGAACCUGUUCUUCAAUCCAACUGUCGGGCUGACCUCGAUGAUAAUAAUCCUCCAUUUGACUUUGGGAUUUAUACACAGGCUUUAUCGUCUCGAAUUGUCUCGUCUCAAGACUUCAUCGUCAAAUAUUGUUACUGUUUGUGGUGGGGCCUUCAGAACUUGAGUACACUUGGACAAGGGCUUGAAACCAGUACAUACCCAAUGGAGAUUAUAUUUUCCAUAUCCCUCGCCAUUUAUGGGUUGAUCCUCUUUGCUCUUCUCAUCGGAAACAUGCAGACAUAUCUCCAAUCUCUUACCAUCCGGCUCGAAGAAAUGAGAGUAAAGAGGCGUGCUUCAGAACAAUGGAUGCAUCACAGAAUGUUACCACAAGAUCUUAGGGAGCGUGUGAGGCGCUAUGACCAGUAUAAAUGGUUGGAGACACGUGGUGUAGAUGAAGAGUAUCUCGUUCAGAAUCUCCCCAAGGAUCUCCGGAGAGAUAUCAAGCGGCAUCUUUGUCUGGCUUUAGUGCGCAGGGUUCCAUUGUUUGAGAGCAUGGAUGACAAGCUGCUAGAUGCGAUAUGUAUGCGGCUGAAGCCAUGCUUGUUCACAGAGAGUACCUACCUAGUGCGGGAAGGAGACCCUGUAGACGAGAUGCUAUUCACAAUACGUGGUCGCCUCGAGAGUGUGACAACAGAUGGAGGCAGAAGCGGUUUCUUCAACCGUAGUCUCCUGAAAGAAGGAGAAUUCUGCGGUGAAGAGCUUCUGACACGGGCAUUGAAUCCAAAAUCAGGUAUAAAUCUCCCGUCUUCCACGAGAACCGUGAAAGCUCUAACAGAAGUAGAAGCGUUUGCGCUGACCUCAGAGGAGCUGAAGUUUGUAGCAAGCCAGUUCAGGCACCUACACAGCAGGCAAGUGCAGCACACAUUCAGGUUUUAAUCACACCAAUGGAGGACUUGGGCUGCUUGCUUCAUCCAGGCUGCCUGGCGCCGAUACUGCAAGAGGAAGAAGAUGGAAGCAGCCGAGGCAGAGGCCGAGGCCAUGUCCAGCUCAACCACUGGCUCUUCGUACUCAAUCGGAGCUGCAUUUCUUGUCAGUAAGUUUGCUGCUAAUGCACUUCGCACCAUUCAUAGGAACCGGAACACAAAGAUUAGGGAUUUGGUCAAGCUGCAGAAGCCCCUGGAGCCUGAUUUCACUGAUGAUUGAGCCGCUUGUAACAUGCUUAUUUGUAAUCUAUACGAACCACAAUAUGAUAAUGUUUAAUCAAUCUCACUUCACACCACAAAAACAGAGUAAACUAAACCGAUAAACUUGAUAUAACGUUCAAGGAAAACGCAACAUCAACUUCUCAUCUACAAGAGUCUCAAGAGAGAAGCUCCAGCAAAAGGAUGAGGAACAAGGUCAUCAAAC